AUGAGUCACUGUUUUCCUGCAGGUUGGGAUAUCAACGACAGCUCCGCUCCACCGGUGCCGCCCAGCCUCCCUCCCAUUUUGGUUCCAGGUUGGGAAGAGCCACGCGUUGCCGGUACUCUCGAGUCUGUAGUCAACCAAGCCAUUAUUACUAGCCAUCGCCGCCUCCGCGAAUCCGGCGACGGAGGCAACCACCAUCACCACCAAUUACCCGCCGCCGUCAUCACUGACGCCCUAGUCCCAGCUUGCGACACCACCAACUACAGCAGCAGCAUUCGCGGUUAUCAAGAAAAACCCAAGCACGUGCCGGAAUUCACCCCGGAGUGGCCGCACAGUAGGGCGGCCGCCGCCAGCACUAAUCACGGCGGGGCCGGAGUCUGCAGCAGCAAAACUAAUAGUGAUGGGAAAUCCUUAAAUUCGACAGGCAAAAGUAGGGCAGCUGCUAUGCAUAACCAGUCUGAAAAGAAAAGAAGAGAGAGAAUUAAUCAAAGGAUGCAGAUAUUGCAGAAGUUGGUCCCAAAUUGCAACAAGAUAGAUAAAGUUUCAAUAUUGGACGAUGUAAUAGAAUAUAUCAAACAACUUCAAUCACAAGUUGAAAUGAUGUGCUUGAUGAACAUGCCUUCCUUGGUGAUGUUGCCACUUGGCAUCCAACCACACCAUCUUCAAAUAUCUAUGGUGGAUACGGGUUUGGGUAUGAGUUCGGGUUCGGGUUCGGGUACGGGUAUGUGUAUGGGCAUGGGGAGACUCGUGGACAUGGACACGAUUGGCCGAGCCGCCACUAUGCCGCUGCCACCUGCCGCCACUGCCUUCAUGCCGGCCUCAUCGGAUGUUCAACACUUGCCGUUUUAA